UGUAUAUCACUCCAAGGUCGAUAGCUCGCCAGCCAGCCGCAUGGUAGUGUUGUGUUUAGUUGCAGGCAGCACACUUGUUUAUUCACACCAUUUAAUCCAUUGAAUUAAAGCACAUUUCGGUAAACUAUUUCUCAUUCCAACUACUUGUCACAGGGAGAUUGACAGGUGACUCAAGGUGCUUCUAACAUCUGGAACAGUAACUGACAGACCCUGGAGCCCACAAGGCAGCCCAUUUCUCCCUCGGCCAGCAGAUGAAGAGUUCAUAAAGCCAGGAUAAAGAAUGUAUCUGUCCCUCACGGUUGGAUGGACAGUAGUUCUUUGGGGUUUACAGAAGACUUACAGUCCUAUGUCGAUAGAGCAGCAGUUGGUGUUUAGGACCGUGACACACAGAUAAGAGAAGAGUAACAGAGAAGAGUAACCUGCAAUCGGAAUAGACAGAGAGUCUAGAGUACAAGGUCCUCCAGGCAAUUGUACAGAACAAUAUGUUGUGUUCCAUACAAGCCUGGCAUAAUUCUCUUUCACAUUGGAAGUAAGCAGUAGAAUGGUGUCUGGGGAGGCAGGUGGGCACAGCUACCUGGUGGCCUGCUGGCAGCCCAUCCUGGUCCUAAUGCUGGGCACUGUCCUCUCCGGCUCCACCACCGGCUGCCCGUCCCGCUGUGAGUGUAAUGCUCAGGAACGUUCCGUGGUGUGCCAUCGACGGAGGCUGGCCUCGUUUCCCGAGGGCAUCCCCAUCGAGACGAAACUACUGGACCUCAGCAAGAACCGUCUGAAAAGCCUGGGGCCUGAGGAGUUCAUCAACUACCCACAGCUGGAGGAGCUGCAGCUCAAUGAGAACAAUAUCUCUUCCAUGGAGCCCGGGGCUUUUAGCAACCUUGUCGGCUUGCGAACUCUGGGGCUGCGCAACAACCAGCUUAAGCUAAUCCAGUUGGGAGUGUUCACAGGCCUCAGCAACCUCACCCAGCUGGACAUUAGCGAGAACAGAAUUGUCAUCCUGCUGGACUACAUGUUCCAGGAGCUGUACAAUCUGAAGGCUCUGGAAGUCGGCGAUAACGACCUGGUCUUCAUCUCUCACCGAGCGUUCCACGGCCUCAGCAGCCUGGAACAGCUGACCAUGGAGCGGUGCAACCUGACCUCGGUGCCCACUGAGGCCCUGAGCCAUCUGCACAACCUGCUGUCGCUGCGACUACGCCACCUCACCGUCAAUGCCGUCAGGGAUUACUCCUUCAAGAGGCUUGAACGCCUGAGGGUGUUAGAGAUCUCCUACUGGCCCUACCUGGACACCAUGACUUCCAAAUGCCUGUACGGCCUCAACAUCACCUCCCUGACCAUCACAAACUGUAACCUCACCGCCAUCCCUUACCAGGCCAUCCGACACCUUGGGCACCUUCUCUUUCUCAACUUGUCUUUUAAUCCCAUUCACACAGUGGAGGGGAACAAGCUGCACAAUCUAAUGAGGCUCCAGGCCUUCCACUUGGUAGGAGGGAGAUUAGCCACAAUCGAGCCCUACUCCUUCCGGGGCUUGAACCAUCUCCGAGUCCUCAACGUAUCCAGCAAUAGCCUGAGCACCCUGGAGGAAUCUGUGUUUCACUCCGUGGGGAACCUGGAGACCCUGGCACUGUACGGGAACCCACUGGCCUGCGACUGCCGACUGCUCUGGGUCUUCCGUCGCCGCUGGAGGCUCAACUUCAACCGGCAGCAGCCCUCCUGCUCUUUGCCCGAGGCCGUGCAGGGCAAGGAGUUCAAAGAUUUCCCCGACAUCCUCCCCUCCGAUUCCUUCACCUGCCAGAAGUCCAGGAUACAAGACCACAAGGCACUGCAGAGGCACGUAGACGAGGGCACAACGGUCCAUUACACAUGCCAGGCAGACGGCGACCCAGCCCCCGUGAUUAUGUGGCUGUCCCCCAAGAAGCAGUUCAUCACCACCAAGUCAGUGGGGCGUCUCAGUGUGUCCCCCGAGGGCACGCUAGAGGUGCGCUACGCCCAGAUCCAGGACAACGGUACCUACCUGUGCAUCGCCAGCAACGCCGCAGGGAAUGACACCAAGCCUGCCCACCUGCAUGUGCACAGCUACUCGCCCAACUGGCCGCACCAGCCCAACAAGACGUUUGCUUUCAUCUCCAACCAGCCCAGCGAGGACGGGGCCAACGGGACCCUGGCCCAGGUUCCCUUCCCAUUCGACGUGAAGACUCUGAUCAUCGCCACCACCAUGGGAUUUAUCUCGUUCCUCGGCGUCGUCCUCUUCUGUCUCGUCAUCCUCUUCCUCUGGAGCAGAGGAAAAGGCAACGUCAAGCCAAACAUAGAGAUUGAGUAUGUGCCGCGUAAGGCGGAGGCAGGUGAGAGUAGUCCAACCGGCGAUGCGCCACGUAAAUUCAACAUGAAAAUGAUGUGAGACUCAAGCUUACUGACUUCAAAAUGAGGGUGGACACACUAUAUUCUCUUUAAAUAUAUGUGAAAUUUAUGAGAGAUAGACAUCUUGAUACUAUACCCAAGACUGUUUUACCUUCAGGGACUGAAUCUUAAACAGCGAGUGUUGGAUUUAAAAGUAUUCAAAUCUCUGUGCGUUUUUAUGGGCAAUAGUCAUAAAGAAAAUACGCCAGUCAUGUUUUAUGCUCCUUUCAACCUGAAAAGGGAGAUUGUCUUUAUCUGGUCUUUUGAUUGUUUUAUUUUCUCCGUGUCUUGUCCUUCUUACCAUGUACAAUGAGAAAAGGAAUGGUCGCAAUACCACUUAAAGGGGUAGUUCACAAAAAUACUGAAAUUGACAGCAGCAACGGUAAGAGGAAUAUCAUGUCAAUUUGUUUGAACUAUACCUUUAAUGGUUAUGGGUUUUGAGCAUAUUACUGUAUUAUGAGCAGGCGCAAUUCAAGCAAUGUACGUACAGUGCAUUCGGAAAGUAUUCAGACCCCCUUGACUUUUUCCAAAUGUUGUUACGUUACGGCCUUAUUCUAAAAUGGAUUAAAUCGUUUUUUAAAAACUCAUCAAUGUACACACAACA